AUGGCCGAGGAGAAGCCCAAGGAAGGUGUCAAGACCGAGAACAACGAUCACAUUAAUUUGAAGGUGGCGGGUCAGGAUGGUUCUGUGGUGCAGUUUAAGAUUAAGAGGCAUACUCCACUUAGUAAACUCAUGAAAGCUUAUUGUGAACGACAGGGUUUGUCGAUGAGGCAGAUCAGAUUCCGAUUUGACGGGCAGCCAAUCAAUGAAACAGACACACCUGCACAGUUGGAAAUGGAGGAUGAAGAUACAAUUGAUGUGUUCCAGCAGCAGACAGGAGGUGUCUACUAAAAGGGCCCUGCUACUUGACUUCAGAACUCAGUUUCUCCAGACCAAGAAGACAUCUUCAAUUA